CCUAGUGGCCUGUCGCCGCGCCCCUUUUCACCUGGCCUCGGACUGAGCCCCUGCACAGGUGUGCCGAUUUGGGUGAAGGGAUCUCACUCCUUCCCGGAGUUAUAGCCAUUCGAGCCACCUCGGACACGCCACCUUAGCACGUUUUGAGGUCCCCUCGCCAAGGUGAAUGGAAAUUUCCUCUUUUUUUGGAUGAUUAUUGACAGUCAGACUCCAGAGAAGCUUUCUGUGCUGAUUUGGGUGGGACUGGGCCAAAUACCUGGCGCUAGGUUGCAAAAGAAGGUUUUCGACAAAAUCCAAAAUACCCGAAAAUUUCGUCAGAGCGACGAGCCAAUCUGAGACCUGCGUCUCGUUCGGCUCGAGCCAAGGAUUCCGAUGACAUAAGGCACGUGGCUCUGCGACCAACCGUUUGGGAGUUACGAGCCAUGCCGUACUUUCCGUCAGGCCGAUCGGGACGAGGCCCGGUGACGUUGUAGACAGGGGAGGCUACCACCAUCCCCCAGCGUUUUUAGGUCUCCCAAAACUUACCAAAGCCGAGAUGGGCAUCGCCGUGUCCGGCUUCCUCCCUGCUGCGUCUUAGCAGCAUCGCUUCUCGGCCUUUUGGCUAAGAUCAAGUGUUGGGCUUUUGAUCUUUGGAGAAGAAAAUAUGGCGGGUACAUCUGCGCCCUCGGUUCCAAGAGCGGGACUGAGAAACACGUUGCGUUUCCAAUUGAAGGAUCCAGCGAUGGAUAUGAUGGAAAGAGAAGUUUUUGCAAGGGUUGUUCUUCUGGACAAAAUGAAGUUGAAAGUGGAAGACGUGUACUGUUUACAGACUAACAGACAAGAAAAGUGUUUCGACGUGACUGUGAAUACUGGAGAGCUGUGCAAAGCAGUGCUGGAGAAGUUUGAAAGGAUGGACAAGGUAGGCCUUGUGGGAAGAUUUAAUGUGAUAAGUUUGGACAGGCCGAAUUUUAGAGUCAUCACAGUGCACAUGUAUAACCCAUAUGUCACAGAUGAGGCCUUGGUGGCUUUUCUUGCGAAAUUUGCUGAAGUUCUUACACCUGCGCGAUAUGUGAGAGACAGUGUGGGUUUAUGGACUGGGAAAAGACAAUUCCAAGUUCUUUUAAGAACUGAGAAGAAUGGGUUGGAGGGGUUGAUGCAUCCUCCUGCACAGUUUAACAUCGGGGCAGACAAAGGCUAUCUGUUCUACUCCAGACAGCCUCCUUUUUGUAGGAGGUGUAGACGUUAUGGGCAUAAUGAUGGCGGGUGUGAAGAGCAAAGGUGUUUGCAGUGUGCCCAGCUGGGUCACAUUGCAAAAGAGUGCACUGUUCCUAAGUCUUGUCACAGCUGUGGUUCAUUAGACCACUUGAUGAGAGAUUGCAAAGGUGGCCGAAAGCAGUACAGAGAAGGAGUGAGAGGGGAGGAAGGCAUGAAGGACAGACGGUUGGGGGAGGAAAGUCAAAAGAGGAUCAUCGAGCAACAGGUGACGGAGAAGGGGAUGAUAGAGCCUGGUGAGGAGAUGGGAGCUGCUGGGAUGGAAAGAGGCAAAGAAACAGAGGAAGUGGAAGAUGUGAUGGCGGCUUUCUUGGAGGCACUUAGUGGGGAACAGUUCAAAAGCCCCAUGCAGUGCGCGGACGGAGUAGAAGAGGAGAUGGAAGAGGAGAGUAAAAGUGACUCAGCUAAUGCAAGGGAAAGCCAACUGGUCAGGAAAACUGAAAAGAGAAAGGGGAGACCAAGUAAGAAGAGGAAGCCUGAGACUGUUCUAAAGAUGAGCUUUUCAGAGGAAUCAUCGUCUACUGACAGUCAAGAUGGGCUUGAGAUGGACAAUGCAAGGCCCUUAUUCCAGCUGACAGAGGAAAUGGUUGGUAGGGGGAAUGAAGAGCGGGAAGAGGAGUCAUAUGGCCUCAAGUCAACACCGGUAAGGUGGGCAGAUUUAGGAGUGAGUGAGAGUGAGGCCACAAGCCUGGAAGGACAAGAAAUGGGAGGGACAUUAAAGAACGAAUAAGGCUGUCUACUGAGGAGCUGACAGUGGGGACGAUAAAUGUAAGGGGUAUAAGAGAUGCUGUGAAACGGAGAGCUGUGUUUUCUUUUUUGCAUAAUUG